AUGUCAUCUCAUGAUGUCUACUAAAGGAAAGAUUUCCUGAAGAGAAAAUCAACUAUGAUUAUACCUAAGAAAUCACGAUUUUAAAAGAAAUGUGAGGUUUUAUAGAAGCAUUUAGAAAUAUAUAAAACAUUUAUAAAAAUAUUGUUAGGAUUUGAAUUAGAGGAAGAGGAAGACCUUAAUUAUAAUUAUAUUCUAAUGAAUUUCAAAAAAAACCUUAAAGAAAAUAUUGAAAUAUUUCCUGACUGCAUCAUUAGGUUUCUUUAUAAAUAAUUAUUUUAAUUAGUUUAAUAAACCCAGACUAUAAAUAUAAGAAUGAGAAUCAAAAUUAAUAUUUGAUUAAUACUAGCAUAGAAUUAUUUGAAUUACUUCAAUAAGGAUUAAGAAUCAAUUAAAAAUCAAUAGAUGAUCUUUUAUUAUUGAAAGCUAUUGAAUCGAUAUAUUUUAAUUUGCCUGUAUAUGAUCAUUAAUAUCACAAAAAAAAGGAAUCCACAGCUCUUUUUACCGAAGAUAAUCAAGAAUAAAGAAACAUAAAAGAUAAAGAUCACCAAAAACAAAUUUUAUUGGCCGACAAAUCAGACAUUAGGUAUAACCAAAUUGACAAAAAUGGUACUUUAACAUAAUUAGAUAGAAAUAAUAAAGAAUUAUGUAUCUUAAUUAGAAAAAUAGUUACAUAAUUUGCUUUAAUAAGAUAUACAUGCAAAUAUUAUGGAUUUAUUAACCUUAAAUUUUAAGGAAUUAAAAUAGACACCUUUAAAAAAAUGGAAAGGUGGUUAAUAUUUAGAAAAUCAAAAUGAUUUAUGGCUUAGAACAAGUUCUCCUACUUAAGAUGUUUCUACAUUAAUUAGAAAUGCUUUGAUUAUUAAGCUUAAUAAAGUUGGUUUUAAUCUUUAAUCAUUUAUAUCUGGAGAUGGACAAAAGAUCUUUGUUAUGCUUAAUAUGCAAGAUUCAAACCUUAAAAUAGUUGCUGAUUAAGGUCAUGUAUUAAAAUAACUAAAUUUUUGGUUUACAGAUUUAUUUUCUUUAGAACCUGUUGAUAAAUCUUUUAGACCAUUAAGAAUUAAUAAUAGACUUUGGAAAUCAUAAGAUUAUGAUGUUUCAGAUUUAUUUUUAUAUUUAAAACCUUAAAUGAUUAAAUUAAUUUAAUAGAUUAAUUUCAAAAGAAUAGCCAGAGAAACAAAUCAAAGUUCAAUAAAUUCAUAAUUAUUUGAAUAUGGAAAAUUAGAUUUUAGUGAGAAAGAUGAUGGUCCAACUGAUGAAGAAUGGAUAGCAUAUCAUAAAUAUUUGACUCAUUUAGAAAAAUGUAUUAGAUAAUUUAGAUAAAGUUAAUUAAUAGAUAAUGAAUUAGCAUCUUUACUUAAUAAAUAAAUAACUCCUCUAUAAAUUUAUUAGAAACGAAAUUAAUUAAAUAAAGAAAUUCAAAAUCUUAAUUACUAAAAUAUAAAUGAACCUAAAAAUUAUGAGCAUUUAGAAAUAAUAAAUAAUAUUGAGAAAUAGGCUGAAAGAGUUAUGGAUGAAUUUUCUAAUUUUUAAUUUUCAUUAUAAAUUCCUAAAGUAAAAGCAUUAAAAUUAUUAAAAAAAGAAUCAGUUACUUUAAAUUAUCUCUAUUCAUUUUAAGAAGCUCUUAGAGUUGCAAAUGGUGAAUAAAUAAAAUUAUAUAAUUUAUGGGAAAGAUCAGAAAUACCCCCAUUUGAUAUGUAUCAUCCUUAUUAAAUGCCUAACAAAUAAAAUACUAAAACUAAUUAAGCAAAACAAGAAUUAAGUUGGACAAAAUAUGUUAAGAAUGAAAACUAUGAGAUAUCGUUAUUUUCUUCUUAAGAGAGGUUAAAAUUAGUUUAUUAGAAAGUAUUUUAAGAAUUAGAUCUUAGUAUAAUGCAUUAAUUAGGUAUCAUUAGAUAGAUAUUCUGUCUUAAUGAUCAUUAUGAAUUAUUUGGAUAAUGUAGUAAUAUAUAGGCUUAGAUAACAUUGGAUACAAGAUUUUUUAAGAAGAAACCAUUCUAAUUGAUAGAUGAAUGGAAACUUGAUUAUAUGAAACCUUGGAUUAGUCCUUGUGAUUUAAUUUGUGGAUAUUAUGGAGAAAAAAUUGGUCUCUAUUUUUAUUUUAUGAGUUAUUUCACUGAAAUGACUACACCCUUAGCUUUUUCAGGUCUUGCUUGUAGUUUGAUUUAAUGGAUAAUUUGGGAUAAUGAAAGUGACUUUUAUAUAUUGAUUACUAUUAUAUUUUCCUUUGUUUAAAUUUAAUGGAGCAAUGUGUUUACAGAUUUAUGGAAAUAGAAACAAAUCUAUUUUAAUUUAAAAUAUGGUUAAAAUAAUUAAGAUGAAUAAUAAGUAUAAAGAUCUAAAUUUAAAGGUAAACACAUAAGAUCCUUAGUUAAUGACUAAUUAAACUCAAUUGAAGUAUUAUUUGGUGAAUAUUUGAAAAGAACUUUGAUUAGUUCUAUGUUACUAUUAAUUUUUAUAUUAUUUUAUAUUGGUAUCAUAGUUUCCUUAUUUGUAUUUACAGUCUAUUUACAUAAUUAAUAUUCAGAGGAACUUGAAUACUUAGAUGUUGCUACAAUAGAAGUUACAUCAGCUGCAGCCAUGAACUUUAUAGUUUAAUUAAUUAUAGAUAAUAUCUUUGAUAAAAUCUCUAGCUAAUUAACUGAAUAUGAGAAUUACAAAACUGUUGAAGCAUAUGAAACAAGCUUUGUUUUAAAAAAAUUUAUUUUUUAAUUUUUCUCUUAUAUAGCUCCACUUUUAUUUUUAGAUUACUUAAAUAAACCACUUAAAUUAUAUUGUUCAAUUACAAAUUGUGAAAGACAUGUUAAAUAUUAUUUUUCAACAAUUGUAAUUUUAAUUUUAUUUAAAUAAAUUGUGAAAUUUGUAGUAUUUUUAUUUAAACUAACGAGAAUUAAAAUUAAAAGUUAUGAUUAUAAUGAAAAUGAUAUAAUGGAUUUUGUUGAAGAGUAAUCAUCAAGAUAACCUUAUUCGUAAGAUUUCGAGAGAUAUGGUACAAUGUAAGAUUAUAUGGAAUUAUUUGUAUUGAUAUCAUUUUUAAGUAUUUUUGGAUAUACUUUUCCAUUUAGUUUUUUUAUUUUAUGGAUAUCAAAUAUUAUGUAAAUUUAAGUAAAGAAAAAUACUUUCUUAUAUUUUUUAUAAAGACCAUGGCCAAAAAAUGAAUGUUCUUUAGGAAUUUGGAAUAAUUUCUUAGAAAUUAUCAGUUUACUUUGUUUAUUAACAAAUACUGGUGUUGUAACAAUUUAAUAUAAUAAAUAAUAUGGCUAUGAACUUAUUAUGGUAUUUUUAUCUGUUUUAAUAUUUAAUUGUUUUGGAAAGUUUAUAAUUGGUAUAAUAUUUGGAUAAAUACCAGAUGCUUUAAGUGACUUAAUGAAAAGACAUAAAUAUUUAAUUAAAGCAACUAUUCAAAAUAAAAUUAAAGAAGGAAAAUCUCAAGAAAAUAAAGAAGCUUUUAAAAGAUUUCCUAUUUUAAAGGUUUAUGGAACAUUAAAUUCUGCAGAAUCAGGAAAAUUCGAAACUAUUAGUUCUGAUGAUGAAUUACAUGAUCAUUAUGAAAUUCCAGAAAUCAAACAAAAAUUGGAACUUAUUAAAGUUGAAUCUUAUACUAAAAAUUUAGAUAAACAGUAUUUAGGAGAAUUUCAAUUAACUAAAAUUCUAGAGUAUUUUAGUUAAAGAGAAUAAAAUUGGGCUUUCAAAUGUGUAUUUAAGGAUUAAACAGAAAAAUAAAAGUUUAGAUUAUUAUAAAAAAUAUAUUCUUUAUUAUAUAAAGCAUAACUUUUAACAAAAUAUAGAUAACUUUGGACAGAUAGAAGAAUAUCUCAAAGAUUUAUUCAUAUGAGAAGGAAAAUAAUUUAAUUAAGAAAUUUAGAUUAUAGAAGAUAUUUUAUAAUCUCAUAAAAACUUAAUUAAAUGAGAACUUAUUAUGAUGAAAAAGCUUAACAAAGAUUUAGAAAGGAUUUUCAAUUAAUUGGAUAAUAAGAAGAUGAAAAUGGAGAAGAAAAUAUAGAAUAUACAAAUUUAGUUAAGAAAUAACAGAAAUAUGUUGAAAAACAUUCAUGGUUAAAUACAAGAAAAGUAAUUAUGCUAAAAAUAAAAGCAUUAACUUUUAAGGGAUUUAGAAAACAAGUAGUUAAGAAACCAUCAAUAUAAUUAAUUUAAGAAUUUUAUAAAAUUUCUUAAAUUAUUGAAGAUCUUGAACCAGAAAAUCCUUUAUAACCAGAAUUAGAUUCUUAAAUUGAUUAUUCAAAUUUAGAAAAAAUAAAAUUCAUUGAUUUUAUUGAGAUUUUCAAUCGUAUAGAAUUAAAGUAAUUUUUAUAUUUUAAUUAUAAGAUAAAAAGUUUAAUGGUUUCUACCUUUAAGUUCUAAAAGAAAUAAUUCAUCAAAUUAUUAUAUUGAAGAAAUGAAAUCAGCUGAAUAUAAAAAUAUAGUUGAUUAAUGCAAGGAUUCUUCUAUUUUUUAGAAAACAACAACUUUUCUAGAAGAUAUUAUACUCUCUUAUUUUUAAAUUGAAUAAUUCCCUAUUCCAUAAAUUUAAUUCAUCAAAUAUAUACAUGAUAAUAUCUGGGUAGUCAAACUUGGUUAAUCAGAAACAAUUUCUUUAUUGUAGUUUUUCUAAAUAAAGCAUGGAGAACAGAUUCAACUCUAAAAGUACACAGAUAAUCAUGAAGGUAUAUUAUAUACUGAAAGUAAAACCUAUUAUAGAAUGGUCAAUCUUGUAGAUCAAAUAGAUGACUUUUAUAUCAAGGGUUACUGUAUAUGUAUUUAUAAUGCUUUUGAACCAAAGAGUUUUUUACAAGUAUUAAAAUAUCGAAAAACUUAUGGAAUACCAUAUUCAGAAGCUGAAAUCAAAUAAUUUCUUCAUGCUUCCUUAAAUCUAUUAAAAGUAGCUGAUUUUAAAAGUUUAUCGAGUAGAACUAUUUUCUUAAUCAAAGGAGAAUAUCACAUAUUAAAUUCAAUGAACAAGACUCAUUCUUUUUUUGAAUUAGGGAAAAUUGUUUUAUAAAUGAUAUAUUUAGAAGAGAUUGAUGAUAUUAAACCUUAUUUCGAUAAAUUAUAACAUCCUUUAAAAUGGUUAAUUAAUGAAUUAUUAUUUUUAGAAGAUAAUCUUCAAAAAUUAUAAGAUUUUAUACAAAAAUAAUAUUGUUUUACUGAUAUUAAAUUUGAAAUUGAACAUCAUUAAAAAUAAUAAUCAAGCUAAGGAUUAACUUAUUAAGGAUUUACAUGGUCAAUGCUUCAUAAAGUAAAUUUAAAUUUUAGAAUGAAAUAAUUUCAAGAUACUUUACAUUUAACUUAAGAAUUUGAAGAUUAUAUAAAGAAAGAGGUGUUUGAGAUAAAUGAAAACAUUUUUUCUUAUUUUUGUAUUCAAUUAUUAGAAGAUUUAAAUUCUUAUUUACUCUCAUCACAUUCUCUUAAAAGAAAUCUCGACUUGAUAUUAAUAUAUUAUUAUUAGAUAGCAACAAAGCUUCAAUUAAAAUUAGAUAUAACUAGAUAACUGAAUUAUUUUAUUGAAAUUCUAAAAAAAUUAUCAUUUGAAUUAAGACUUAUUAUAAAAUAACUGACAUCAAAUAUUAAUGUAGCAAAUUUAAAUCAAACAGAAUAAUGUAUAAUUCUUAAAACAAUAUAAAGUGAUGUAGAAUAAUUUUCUUAAUUAUUAUCUAAGUAAAGAUAAUCCUUACUUAUUUAAUUAAGAAAAAAUCUAAAUCUUAUUGACAAUAUUUUAGUUUUUGAAUAACAAGUAAAUAGAUUUUUAAAUUAAUUUUAUGCUUUAUUUACUUUGCAAUAAUAUUUUAUAGAGCAUUAUGAAUAUGCAAAAUUAACAAUAUCAACAGUAAUUGAAACAUAACAAAAAAUUAUGCAUAAAUACAAAUUACCUGAAAUUUUGAGUGAAGCAUAAGAAUUAAGUCCAAGUUAAUUUAAUUUUAAUUAAUUAAGUCCUGGUAUGGAAAGAGAAGAAUAAGAAAUUAUUCAUGAAGAAAUAUGGGUUUUUAAUAUACAUUAAGAAUUAAAAGAAAAUCCUUUAUAUGCCAUAUAAUAUAUUUAUUAUCUAUACUUAUAAGUAAUUAUACUACAUGAUUGUAAAAAUGAAUUAUUUAACAUUAAAUAAUAGGAAUUCAUUGAUUACAAUUUUAAAGAUAUACCAGCAUAUACUUAUUUCUAAUAAUUGAUUUCAUCACUCAAAGUUGAUUUUUAAAUCACUUAAAAAAAUGAACAAUUUUUUAAGGAAGAAUCUAAAUGUGAAUUAGGAAAAUAUAACAUUUUAUGGAUUAAAGCAAAAAUAGAAAAUAAAUAAUAUGAAUAAUCAGAACUAGAAGAAUCAACUAAUCUAGAAUUUAAUUGGAGAUAAAUAUUUUAAUAUAAUAGUUUAAAAUGUAAUGCUAAAAACAAAAUUUCUCUGCUUUAUAUAUUAAAUUAACCUUCAACUAAUGAAUAAAUGAAAAUUCUUUUAAAUAUAAGAGUCAUACAUUUUCUUUUAAAACUGUAUGACUAUUGUCCAAUUAACUUCAAAUAAAGAGUCAACAUUUUAAAUAUAGAUUAAUUAGGUUAACUAAAUUUAGAAAACACAUCAAAAAUAUUAUAAUUACAAUAAUUACAUAAAAAAUAUACUUUAGGUGUAAGGACAGAUUAUUUCAUUAAUUAAAAUAAUGAAACCUCAUCAUGGUUAUUUCAUUAGGGACUAAUAUAAUUAAGAAUCUUUAUCUAUUAAUCUUAUUGUUAUAGUUUUGCUAAAAGACACUUUGAAAAUAUUGCUUAAUUUAUUAAUUACAAGGAAGAAAUAUUCACUUAAAUUUCUUAACUAAUGAUAUAAGGUGAUUCAUUAUUCUCUAAAGCUAAGAAUUAUUAAAUUCUUUAACAUCCAAUAGAUAAUAUGUUAAUUAACCUUUAAUCUGAUUAUUUUUGUUAUCAUUAAUAUUUUUUGACUUAAACUAGAAUAAUGUUACUAUAGAAAAAAAAGCUAAUGAAUAUUUAUAAUAGUUUUGAGCAAUAUAUAAAUGAAAAUUUUAAAAAUUCUAUAUUUAUUUUGGGUUUAAUCUAGAUUUACUAUGAAUUUGAAGAAAUAGAUAUGGCUAAUUUAAUGAUUUCUUUUACUAAAAAAUUAAUAGAUAAUAAUGCUAUUAUUUUAAAUGAUACACAUGAAGGUUUUACAAGAGAUUUAUAAAUUUUAGAGGCUGAUAUAAAAUAAAAAAGUUAAUAAUUGAUUAAAAGUCCAUAUAAUAGACUUUACCAUAGAAAUGACUAUAUUGAAUAUUUUGAUGAUGAAACUUUAAAUGCAAGAUAUUUUCUUUUUAAUUUACCUUAUUAUUUUAACAUUAAAUUUUCAUAAUCAAUUUUAGAAGAUUUCAUAAAUGUUAGUUUUGUUAAGUUGAUUUUACCUUUAUAAUAAAUUUUGAAAACUGCCUAUUGUUCAAUCAAAGCAGAAUGUGGAGAUGAAGAAAUCUUAAUCUAAUUAAAAAUGUAUUAAUAAAUAUUAUUAUAGAGUAGCAGAAUAUAAAUUUAUUGAAGGAUGUUUAACUUGGGCUUUUCAUUGUCAUUUCUUAUGUCGAUAUUAUAUAUCUAUGAUAGAUAUGGAAAAGGCAUACGAUUAUUCAAUAUUAUUAUUGUCUUAUUUACAUUAACUUGAUUUAUAACAAGGUUUUUAUAUAAAGGAGAAUAAAAAUGGAUAUAAACAUCAUUUUGUAAUAUUCACUAUUAAGAUUUUAGCUAUGUUUUUAAUCAGAAAAGAAUAUUAUCAAUAAGAUAUGCUAACCUAAAACUAUUAUUAUCAAAGAGUCUAUUGAAGAUGCUCUAUUUGAUAAUGUAAUUGAUGAUUUUUUUGUGAUAGAAUGCAUUAUUAAUCAUUUAGAUAUUUUAUCCAAAAGCAAAUUUUAGAUGCCCUCUAUAUGCCUAUUACUUCAAUUUCAAUUGAAAUUAUAAAAUCAAAAACAUAAAAUCUAAUUCUGGAAUGUCCUCUCCCAUUUUUUGCAUAGAAUAGGAAUAGAGAAUUUAAUUUCUGAUACAUUAUCACAAAUUCAGGAAGUAAAAAAGGAUAGAAUUUAGGAAUUAAAAGAAAUUAAAAGAUCAAUUAAAAAAAAAAGAAAUGCAAAAAUUUUACUUAGAGAAAUUACUUAAUAAGAAGUUGAUGAAUUUGAUUAUCAAAAUAAUCUAAUUACAUUUUAAUUAAACCUUUAUAAAUUAGAUGAAAAUUCAAAUCAAAAAAUAUUUAUACUUUUCUCAUGUUAAGCAGCUGAAAAAGCAUUAACAGGAUAUUCAAAUUAAUCUAAAGAUAAAACAAAAAUAAAUAAAAAUCAAAUAAGUUAAUUAAAACUCUUGUUAGUAUAAAACUAUAUAUGGUUGAAUUAAAUUGGAAAUGCAAUAAUGACAUUAAGUGAAGCUGAAGAUAUAAUAGUUGAUUGGUUUGGGAAAAUAAAACAUCCAAUAAAGGGUCUUUAUUUUUAUAAUUUAGGAUUAAUUAAGAAUUCAUUUUAUUAACAUAUCCUUAAGAUAUUAGAAAUAUUUAUAGAGACAAAUGCAUUUAAUUUAUUAGAAAUGAAAUAAAUUAUUUAAGGAUUAGCUAUUAUGAAACCAUAAUUAUGGAGAUAAGUAGAUAUGUUUAAUGCAGGUUAAAUAUAAAGUUUGAUUCCUUUUUUUAGAAAUUAUAUAUUAGAAUUUGGAGAUGAAUCUAUUUUUGAUUGUCCAAAAAGUAAAUAUACUGCCAAUGAUGCUGUAAUAAUUUUAGAUGGAGUUUUGUAAAGUAAUAUGGUAUAUGAUUUAUCAGGAAUAACAGAAUUUAUUGAUGUAUUUAUAUUUAUUCUUAUAUAUUAGGCUGAAAAUUGUUUUAAAUUAUUUGAUGCUGAUAAUUUCCUAACUAAAGAGUUAUCAAGUUUGAUUUUCAAAAUUUAGAAUGAGAAAUUAAAAAAUCAAGUAUUAUGA